AUGGCGGCGAUGGGGCGUGCAGCCGCACGCAACGAGCCGGGGGACUUGAUUCCGGCUCUCAUGACGAUUGCGAAGUGUUGCGACACAACCUCGCACAGGGGCCUAGCGGCUGUGCAGGGAAUCCUGCCAGGUUUGGCGGCACUGGCUCUUGGGCCACCCGCUUGCUACCCAAGCGCCUGCUGCCGAGUUUUCGCCUUCUAUGCCAAGGCGAUCCUGCACGACCUGUGUAGUAGAACUGGCGCAACCGUCAUCGCUGCCGCCUUUGCACCGUACCUUGCCAAUGCAGGCAGCAGCCUUCGGGCGGCCGCACGGGCCUUCCUCUCUGCGCCGCCCUUGUCAGUGCCUGACAUCGUCCUGGAUGCGAUCGAGCACACUGCACGCAACGCGUCUGCCGAUGCUGCAGCGCUGCGCGCCCAGGUGGCGGAGCUCGAGGCCAUCCCAGUCAACACGCGCGCCGCCAUCGUCGAGCUGGCAUUCGCCGUUAGGGAUACUUAA